AUGCUCAAAGAUCACGGGGGUUUUCUGGAGGACACGCCCCGCCUAAACACCGGGAAUGGGGGGCUGCACAUCCUGUUUUCCUUGUCUCAGUCUGAGCAAGCCGGCCUGCGCAACUGCUCGAACAGGGCUUGGAUUCGAUACGAGGGCAAAGCGGUGGGUAUCGACGUGCGCGGUCGUGGCGGAAUGCUGUACACCGCGCCCAGCAGCUACGUGGGCCUCGACGGCACGCUGCGGUGCUACACGUGGGACCACGAGAUUCUCCCAGACCGGUCUAAUCUCAGGGCCACCCCAGACUCGCUCGUCGCCAUCCUGAACGGCAGCGGCGAAGCACCUAACGGGGGCGCGGAGAUGCGUCAGAGAAGCUCCAGAGCCGGCGGAGCGCAGGCCGCUGUUUAUGGACCUCCGAUCGAAGACUCUCAACAGAUUCCACCCGCAGCGGUGCUGGAACGCGUCAAGGCCUGCGUGGCGGCUACUGGCGACACCGCAUUUCGCUUUGAUCGCCUCAAGACGGGCGACAACGGGCCCAUGUACGUUUUCCGAGUGGAAGGGCCCCGGCGCUGCCCAAAGGGCAAUCAGCACAACGGCAGCAACAACUUCAGCGUUUUGGUGCGCGGCAAGGACCUGAGCACUCUAUUGCUGCAACAGCUCGGAGUAUGUACUCGAAGUGCCGCAGGCUUUGGCAUGACGGGAAAAAUUGGUGGAUGUGGGACGGAAAGCGCUUUCAAAGAGACAUGA